AUGAAGUUGUAUAUUUCGACGACUGGAUUAAAGAGAGUGAGUAUAUCGUGCGGUGCCGCCGGUGGAAGUUUUUGGCAGGUAAUGAAGGGCAAGAAUUCAUCGCACAAGGCGGUUAAUCGCCGGAUUUGUCAUCGAACGGUGGUUAUGCCGGCGAUCUUGUUGAUUGGAUUAAUUUUACCUUUUCUCUUCGUUCGAAUUGCUUUUCUUGUUCUUGAAUCCGCCACCGUUUGCUCUUCCUCCAUAGAAUGCAUAAAAUGGAAGUUUUUCGGCGGGAGCAAUGCAACUCUACUCAGAGAAGAGUUAACAAUGGCCUUGCUGGAAGCAACUAAUUCUGUUGAUGAUGAGAGUGGAAUUACAACAGCAGAGGGCUCAAAUUCACUAUUGUCUUUCGAGGAUCUUGUGAGGGACAUGAUGUCAAACAGACAGGACAUUAAAAACUUCGCAUUCAAGACCAAAGCCAUCAUCUUGAAGAUGGAACACAUUGUACAAACGGCUAAACGCCGUGAAUCAAUUUACUGGCAUUUAGCUUCCCAUGGAGUACCUAAAUGCAUGCAUUGCCUUUCCCUCAAGUUGGCCGAAGAAUAUGCCAUAAAUGCCGUAGCUCGUUCUCGCUUACCUCCACCUGAAUUUGUCUCUCGCCUUACCGACCCUUCCUUUUACCACGUUGUUCUUCUAACCGACAAUGUCCUUGCUGCCUCGGUUGUCAUAUCGUCUACUAUAAACACCUCUCCCAAUCCUGAAAAAUUGGUAUUUCAUGUGGUCACUGAUAAGAAAACAUACACUUCGAUGCAUGCCUGGUUUGCUGUAAACACAAUCGAUUCUGCUGUUGUUGAAGUCAAGGGAUUGCAUCAAUAUGAUUGGUCUCAUGAAAUAAAUGUUGGAGUAAAGGAGCUGUUAGAGAUUCAUCACCAGAUUCAGAAUAACAUGUACAGAAAUUUGAAGGAGGAAGGUUUUGUACACGAGCAAGAGCAUGAUCACAAAUUAGAAGCUCUAAGCCCCAGCUGCAUCUCCCUUCUGAAUCACCUCCGCAUUUAUCUCCCUGAGCUGUUUCCAGAUCUGAACAAGGUUGUAUUCUUGGAUGAUGAUAUUGUAGUACAACGUGACUUAUCUUCUUUAUGGGACUUGGAUCUCAAUGAGAAAGUAAUUGGUGCAGUUUUUGACUCAUGGUGUGGCCAUGACUGUUGCCCGGGAAGAAAAUACAAGGACUACUUCAAUUUCUCGAAUCCAAUCAUAUCAUCUAACUUGGAUUAUGAUAGUUGCGGGUGGCUUUAUGGCAUGAAUGUUUUUGAUCUCCAAAUGUGGCGGAAAACUAACAUCACUGCAGUAUAUCAUCAGUGGCUUAAACUUAGCCUCAAUUCAGGUUUUGUAUUAUGGCAUCCCGGAGCACUUCCACCUGCCUUGAUUGCAUUUGAGGGUUAUGUGCAUCGCAUUGAUUCUUCAUGGCAUGUGGCAGGGUUGGGGUAUCAGUAUCCACAAGUCAACAAAUAUAUGUUAGAAGCUGCAGCCGUCAUACAUUUCAGUGGGCCGGCUAAGCCAUGGCUUGAGAUCGGGGACACUGAGUUAAAAGGCUUAUGGAAUAGACAUGUAAAUUUCUCAAAUGAAUAUAUUACAAAAUGUCGUGUCAUGGAUUGA